UUCACCCUGCCUUCUCCCAGGGCCGGUUUUGAUCCAAUAAACAUAAAAUGUUUGGGAUCCACUUUGAUUUUCGUAGUAUUUCUGGUUAAAAUCUUCAGUUGUACUUACAGUCCCAAGUUAUGGUAAUACGAUCAACCUUCAUUAAAAAAUUUUAGUUUUCGUUGCUGCUGUUGACGACUCUAAUUAAGGCCACAGGCUCAUGCUAGCCUUGAAUGUACUAUAGUCCCUUAUAUGAAUGUUUCUUUCCUUUAUGUUGAAUUAACAUCCAAAUUCAAAAGUUGGGUCAUGUGUGACUACAAUCCCAAGUUACAAGAAUAAAUGUAACCAGUCCCAAUAAAAAUCUACUUUUCAUUGCUUUGAUGACUUCUAUUUAUUUUCCUUUCAAUAAGUUGUAAAAAGAAAACAAUUGUCCCAUUAAAAUUCCUUACUUGAUAGAUAGAUCAUUUCUGAAUUAUUGAUUUAUAUCAAAAGUGAAAACCUUGAGUUGUGUAUAUCAUAACGCAUAAGAUCUCUUUGAAGUAACCUUUUAACAAAAAUCGUUGUUAGAUUGUCGUCCAAGGCUUCAAGGCACAUGUGUGCUCUUUUUUUUCCAAAGUUUGGUGCAAAUCAAGCAACCUGCAAUAAGCAAAAACAGAAAACAAAGCAUUUUAGAAAAGUGUCGUUUUAUCAUAUGUGAUCAAAACAUUGUUUAUCACAUCCAAAAUCAUAUAUGGCUUGUUUUUCUUCUUUUAAAAAAUAUAUAUAUAUAAUAAACUUUUUAUUCUUCUUAUGACAUAUAGAAAGGGAGUUUGUACUUAGAUAUUCUUUCUUUUUACAUUUUAGAUAAUUUUUCUUUUAGAGUACUACAAUUUGUCUCAACACUUUCUAAUUGUGCAUUUUUUUUUGGAUUGGUCUCAAAAUUUUGAAUUGCGACAAUAAUCCAUGAUGCAAACAAAUGACUAUUAAAUACAACUCAAAGCAUGUGAAUGUUCCAUGCCAAUGUUAUCAAACUGGUGCAAGUUUACAAAGAAUUUAAAUUAUAAACCUCAGCAAGCAUGUGUGCCAUAUUGCCAUAUAUACCAUAACCAUAUCCACUUGAGUGCUUGAGACAUAUCAUGUAAAGAUACAUGUAGCUUACACAAACAUCUAGUGGAAACAGGACAAAAUGUUAAUCUUAUAUAAACUGUAAAUGCAAAGAGGGUUGUGCAUUUUUGCUGUUCUUUCGUUUUACUUGGUUACAUUCUUCCACACCCCUUACCACUUGCGUCUAUGCGUCUCUUUAGGCUGAUGGAACUCUUGAAGUAGUAGAAUGGGCUAAUGUUGAAAGUUAUAGCCCUUAUUGGGUCAUUCCGAACAUAAGGCAACGCUAAAGCGAAAGAGAAAGAAGACGUGGGGUCAAUCACGUGGCAGUCAGAGGUUGGGUUGGGGUCCAUCUAUUUGGGGAAAGACUCGAUUCAAGGUUUGGCAUCUAUUGCAUUAAGAACUGAAGAAACAGCGUACAUGGUCAAACUUUGACCAGAGCUAGUCACACAUACCCUACAGUUUACUCCUUCCCCUACGCGCUUUUGGUGCACGCGAGGUCAAACUAAAGUAGCCCGUUGCUAAAGAAAAAUCAAAGUGUUCAACUCUAAAACAAGCAACAACAGAAAAACAGAGUUGAAAAAAAUUAUUUAAGACUAUAAUAAGUCGAAUGGUAAAUAUUCUACUUAAAUACUUAAAAAGUCCAGACAAAUAUUGAAAUUGGUGAAAAGUUACCGUAAAGAGUGGUGACGCUAUCAUUUACACUUCAUUGGGCCACAAACAGGCCCAUAAAGCACCGAAUCGGCGCGUGAGUAUAUGAUAUGAAAUCUAAAUUUUUCUGAGGAGACAAAAAAGAUAAUCAUUUACCUUUUCUUCUUUCCGUCGCCUUUCUCUCUUUUUCAAAAAAACCUUUCGAUCAUCGGAAAAGCUCUUUUCGAAGUCUCGCCCAACUAUUGUAUUAGUAGUUGAAUUUUUUAAAAAAAAUAUUCUAUUGAAUUCCAUCUACUCUUUCUCUUUGUGUAGUCACUGAGAUCUGAUUGUUUCUCAAGCUUUGUAGUAACAAUCAAUGGUGGGUUUUUGUGUAAGGUUUAUGAGUAACUUUUUGUCGUUUUGAGUAAAAGUUGUUGCAGUCCAUUUUGGAAAAAAAGGUUGUCUUUCUUCUUCUCUGUCAUUGGAUUAUCUCAACCAAUUCGAAUGGAAGUGGGUAGCUCGAAUUCGUCGGGUCAGCAGCUAUCGGGGCGGGUCGUUGAUACAAGAGGCAAACACAGGAUCCAUGCCCAACUCAAUAGGCUCCAACAAGAAGCUCGCUUCUUAGAGGAAGAGCUGGAGCAGCUUGAAAAGAUGGACAAAGCCUCAGCUUCUUGCAAAGAGUUCUUAGACAGUGUUGACAGCAAACCAGAUCCUCUUCUUCCCCUAACAAUAGGGCCAGUGAACGCGACAUGGGAUCAAUGGUUCGAACGUCCCAAAGAAGCAAAACGAUGUGGAUGCUUCAUUCUCUAAUCUUCAUUUCCUCCUACUCCUACGUCGUUACCUUUUUCUCCAUGUCUCUUCUUACAAGAGUUUGCGGUAUUGUUUUUCAUCACCCGGCGGUUUAAUUGAUGUAAUUGGCAAAAAGAAAAAAAAAAUCAUUUGUGCAGAUAAAAUCUGUUGAUAUUGUGUCUUGAUCUUGAAUUUACAAAGAACCACAGUGACAAAGUCUGAAACAAAGGCAAUAUUCUUUUUCUUUUC